CGGCUGUUGAACGGAUGUGUUGUUUGUGUAGAAGUGUUUCACGUCGUCUGUACAAGUUCACAUUGUUUGUUUACCAGUGAUGUGCGUGGCCUUCGUGCUGUUGUAAGUGUGUUACCAAUGGUUCGUAACGCGACGAGGAUGGAACCUACGUUCUACGAGGAAAACACCAUGCGCCAGCGAUACUGUGGUGAUAACGUUAAGGUUCUGAAGAGAACUAUGACUUUGGACUUGAACGCGAACAGCGGCCAGCCCGUCAAGAGGAUGAAGUUGGUUCCUGUGUCCACCCCGGCGCCCAUGUUGUCGUCACCGGACUACAAGAAGCUCAACAUCAACACACCCGAGAUAGAGAAGAUGCUAAUGGGUCAAUCUGGACUUCCUACUCCCACGCCGGGACUCUUCCCCAAACCUAUCACUGAGGAGCAGGCUGCGUUUACCAGAGGGUUUGAAGAGGCCCUGCACGAACUCCAACACCACAGCGACUCCAGUCAGGGAGCGAUUCAACAUGUCGAUCUACCCAGGAGUAGUAGCAGCAGCAGUUCUUCGGGAAAUACCUACAUGACCCUCGACUCCCAGUACCCUCCUAGCUUCGGCCUCUUGUCCAACGGGGAUAACAUCACCGUCAAGGAGGAACCUCAGACUGUACCACUGGGACCUACACCUCCGAUGUCACCCAUCGACAUGGAGAGCCAGGAGAGAUACAAACUGGAGAGGAAGAGGGAGAGAAACAGAGUGGCAGCGUCCAAGUGCAGACGACGGAAGCUGGAGAGGAUCGCUCGACUUGAGGAUAAGGUCAGGGGGUUGAAGACGGAGAACAGUGAGUUAAGUAAUGUAGUGGCUAAGCUCAAAGAACACGUUUGUUCGCUAAAAGAACAAGUCUUGGAGCAUGUACAGAGUGGUUGCCAAAUAGUGUUAUCGUCAGGGCAUUUUUCUGCCUGUUAGCACC